AUGGCGCAAAGACUCUCCGAUAAGUCUGAAGGAACAAGUGACUUCUUGCGUAUUGCACGAGUAGCUGUUUUUAGUUUAAGACUAUUCUCCACCAUGCAGAAAUUGUAUUUAAUGGUCCUGCUGGAAAAUCGCAGCUCCAACUACUCUGGGGAGAAGUCUACACCGUCUGAACGUGACUCAGUUGGUUCUGGAUGCCGAAAAGGGUAUUUUCCAUGUGGAAACCUCACAACAUGCCUACCCCGAGGCUUUCACUGCGAUGGUGUGGACGAUUGUGGAAAUGGGGCUGAUGAAGAAAAUUGUGGUGACAACAGUGGAUGGGCCAAUAUCUUUGACACGCUUCAUGGAAAGCCUAAUGACCAGGAAUUCACCCAGGAGUGCUUUUUACUCCACUAUCCUCAGGGCUGUGACUGCAUAGAAACUGAACUGGAAUGUGUAGCUAAUAAUAUGAAGUCUGUGCCGUUUGUUUCAAGCAACGUAACACUGUUGUCUCUCAAAAGAAACCAGAUCCGCAUUCUUCCAGAUGAAGUUUUCAUCAAGUACAGGGAAGUGAAGAAAAUAUUCCUACAACAUAACUGUAUUAGAGCUAUUUCCAGAAAAGCAUUUUAUGGAUUGUUCAAGCUUCGGACACUGUACCUCAGCCACAACUGCAUCACCAGCCUCAGGCCUGGAGUCUUUAGAGACUUACAGGCAUUAACGUGGUUAAUUCUGGAUGACAAUCCAAUAACAAGAAUUUCCCAGCAGCUGUUUACUGGAUUGAAGUCUUUGUUUUUCCUGUCUAUGACUAAUAACUCCUUAGAAGCCCUUCCCGAGAAGCUGUGUUCCCAAAUGCCUCAUUUGAACUGGGCGGAUUUUGAAGGAAAUCAAAUUAGAUCCCUAACCGACUCCACCUUUCUGGCCUGUGAUGCGCUCACUGUGUUGGUUCUGCCUGGAAAUCAAAUUGAUUUUGUUCCAGAGAAGACCUUUUCUGUAUUGAAAGGCUUAGGAGAACUAGAUCUGUCCAAUAACGGGAUCUUGGAGCUACCCCACCAUGUUUUUAAAGAUCUGAAGAUUUUACAAAAACUGAAUCUGUCGCACAAUCCACUGCUGAACGUCUAUGAGGAUCAGUUUGAUGGUCUUAAAUAUCUUCAGUCUCUAGACCUGGAAAACAUAGAAAUUCCAAAUAUAAACAAGAGAACCUUUCAACCCUUGAAGAACCUCUCUCAUAUCUAUUUCAAAAACUUCCGAUACUGCUCCUACGUGCCCCACGUGCGGAUAUGUACCCCCUUGACUGAUGGCAUUUCUUCGUUUGAAGACCUCUUGGCCAACAACAUUCUGAGGGUGUUUGUCUGGGUUAUAGCUUUCAUUACUUGCUUUGGGAAUCUUUUUGUCAUUGGCAUGAGGUCAUUUAUUCGAGCAGAAAAUAAGACCCAUGCUAUGUCCAUCAAAAUCUUGUGUUGUGCCGACUGCCUAAUGGGAGUCUAUCUGUUCUUUGUUGGAUUUUUUGAUAUAAAAUACCGAGGGCAGUACAAGAAGUAUGCUCUGCUGUGGAUGGAAAGUUUGCAGUGUCGUCUCAUGGGGCUGUUAGCAAUGCUAUCCACCGAAGUCUCUGUCCUACUGCUGACGUACCUGACUUUAGAGAAAUACUUGGUGAUUGUCUUUCCUUUCAACAACAUCCGCCCAGGAAAGCGCCAGACCUUGGUCAUCCUUGUCUGCAUCUGGAUCGUUGGAUUCCUAAUAGCGAUAAUUCCCUUUUGGAAUGAGGAUUUUUUUGGAAACUAUUAUGGAAAGAAUGGUGUGUGCUUCCCACUUUAUUGUGACCAAACAGAAGAAAUCGGAGGCAAGGGGUAUUCACUUGGGAUAUUUCUAGGUGUGAACCUGUUGGCUUUCAUCAUCAUCGUAUUUUCCUACAUCAGCAUGUUUUGUUCCAUCAAGAAAACAGCCCUGCAGACGUCAGAAGUGAGGAGACACAUUCACCGGGACGUGGCGGUGGCCAACCGGUUCUUUUUCAUUGUGUUCUCCGAUUCCAUCUGCUGGAUCCCGGUCUUCGGGGUCAAGAUUCUCUCUCUCUUCCGGGUGGAGAUUCCAGGCACGAUCACUUCCUGGAUCGUGAUCUUCGUUCUGCCUAUCAACAGUGCACUGAACCCAAUCCUCUACACGCUCACAACCAGUUUCUUUAAGGACAAGCUGAACCAGCUUCUCCGUCAGCAUCGACGGAGGACGGUGUCCAGAGGGGAAAGGAAAAGCUUGUCAACCUCCGUUGCGUGGACAGAUGAUUCCUCUUUGCUGAAGCUUGGGUUUUUGAGCAAAAUGACGCUUGGGGAUAGCAGGAUGAAGUCGAGUCACGAGUGAGGAUACAAGCCAAAAGCGCCAGGGGCGUUGGGGCGGAUCGUGCCUGGUGAGGUGAUACAAAGCGCGGAGAGGACUCUGACUGCUUUCCUGGUCUUUUGGCAGCGUAGCUUUUGGUUAGAGAAGCAUCAUGGGGUGACUGCCAGGUUCUCACUGUGAGCUGAACUAUGUGGAGAACAGCGGGGACUACGUGACCAGCUUUACACCGUAGCGACGGUUUGGCUUUCAGCGGGCUUGUCGCCUGUCCGGUAGAGAUGCGACACUGGGCAUCUUCGGGGUCUUUAUUUAAGCACCCAGCCGAGCUCCAUAGCUAGGAAAUGUUGCCUGUGUUGGCAGGGGCUCUGGAGCAAGGUGGGGAGGGAAGAGGUUGGGGUUCCCCCUCUCCCCCCCGAACCCCAGAGAACACUCUAGAUUAAAGAGGCCUCAGACGGGUUAGACUCACGGCAGAACUGAGCACUGUAGGGGUUUUGUAGGGGAAAGCGGGCCAUUCGUGGGCGGCAUAUGUCAAACGCUAAAACCAACCUCACCCUCCUUCCCAGUUGUGUUCUUUCAUGGCUGUGUCCCUGCUACAGGAAGCCCUCCGCAGUAGAACAAAUAGAACACUCUGAUGGAACUAGAGAAGAAUUUGGUUUGAGUUUGCCCAUGUGAGUAGUUGGCUUUCCCUGAAGGUUUUUCUUGU